AUGAAUAAAAUUGAUAAUUAUAAAUAUGACAAUAAAGACUAUUUAGGUAAAGGUUCAUUUGGAAAGGUCUAUAAAGGAAUUAUGAUUGAUAAAAAUAAAGAAGUUGCUAUUAAAAGUAAAUAUCUAUCUAUAAUAUUAGUAAUGAACAUGGCAUAAUUUUAAGACAAAUCUAUGCUUAUAUCUUUAGAAACUGAAAUAACUGUAAUGAAAUAGUUUAGACAUGAAAAUAUUGUUGAAUUAAUUGAUGUUUUUGGAGAUAAUAAAUAUACAUAUAUGAUAAUACAAUUAUGUGAUGGAGAUUUGAGAAAUUACAUUAAAUCUAAAGGAGGAAUUCUAGAAGAAGCAGAAGCUCUUGGAGUGUUAAGAUAAUUUAUGUAAGGUUGUUAAGAAAUGAUUAAGAAAGGAUAUAUACAUCGAGAUAUAAAGCCAGAGAAUGUUCUAUAUAAAGGGAACUGUUUCAAAAUUGCAGAUUUUGGAUUUGCAACAAAAGCUGAUACUGGCAGCAAUGCUAAGAUUUUUAGAUAGUCUGUUGGAACUCCUUUAUAUAUGGCUCCAUAACUCUUAGAAAGACAACCUUAUACUGCUAAAAGUGAUAUAUGGUCUAUUGGUAUCAUGGCUUAUGAGAUGGUUUAUGGUAAAUAACCUUGGCCAUGUAGAGAUAUUCCUUCUUAUGCAUUAAAUAUAAAAAAUCAACCAUUGAAAUUUCCUGUUGAUAAAAGAGUAUCUGAUGAAUAUUAAGAUUUCAUUAAGAAAUGUUUAAAGAAGGAUGAAAAGGAUAGGAUAUCAUGGGAUGAAUUAUUUAAUCAUGUAAUAUUGAAUGAAAUAGAGAGAAACUAUGUAAUAAUAAUUAUAUUAUAAAUAGAAAAUGGAGAAUCGUUUAGAUUAAGAGUGUUAAAAGAUUUUAGCAUAAAUAUAAAAGAUAGUUUAGAGCAGAGGUUUAGAUGUAUUUGAAUAAUUUCAGAAAUAUGAUAAGGAUUCAGGAGGCUCAUUAGAUUUUUUAGAAUUUUUUUCUUUUUUAAUUUAAUUAGAUCCAAGAUUAAGUGGAAAAGAAAUAAAAUUAUUAUUUGAUAAAAUGGAUAUAAAUUAAGAUUAAUCAAUAGGAUAUGAGGAAUUUAAGAAAAUAUUCUUUGAUUAUGAUUAUGUGAAAGAGGAUUUUGCUGAAAGAAUAAUUAUAGAUUUAAGAGAAAUAAUUAGAGCAAAUAAUUUAUAAGUAGAAGAGAUUUUUGCAAAAUAUGAUAAAGAUUAAAUGGGUGAUUUAGAUUUUGAAGAAUUUAGUUUUAUGAUUAAAGAGAUAGCAAAAGAUAUAAAAGAUGAUGAUAUAUAAGCAGUAUAAAAUAUAUAUAGAUAUAAUAAUAGAUUUUUGAUAAAUUUGAUACUAAUAAUGAUAGAAAUAUUAAUAUAGAUGAAUUUAGAGAUAAAUUGAUAGUAAAGAAGGAGUCUUAAAAAAAUUAGAUUUAAGAGAAUUUAAUAUAAGUAUGAAUGUAAUAUAUUAUUAUUAUAGAAUUUUGUUAAAGAAUUGAGAAGGAUAGUUAUUGAAAAUAAAAUAGAUAUAUAAUUAAUAUUCAAGAACUUUGCAAAAAGUAUGAGAGAUGAAAUGAAUUAAACAGAAUUCUCAAAAUUAUGUUCAGUUAUAGAUAGAAGAUUGAAACCAUUUGAAAGAGAAUAUAUAUUCAAAUAUUUGAACUUAAAUGAUCGUGAUGGGAUUACAUUUCAUGAAUUUUCACAAAUAUUUAAGUGA